CAGGUCACGACCUCACAAGCUUAGGCCGAGCUGCAAGGGACAAACAUACUUCAUGCCAUCCUGCAGCCAUGUACAAAGCAGACGCAACUCGCCAUCAAGGUCACAACAGAAGUAUGCAAGAGACUCAACGCGCGAUACGUCGCGCCUACACUAAAAGCUUAAUGCUUAGAAGUAGGCCUAGAGGGGGAUCUUACUCUGACGUUGUUUGUGCC